GGAUGUUCGAUCCAUCAAAGGACGAUGUUCAGGAGUGGAUCGCGGAGCUCCAGUUUAUCUGCCAGGAGGCUGAUCAAGAAGACGAGUUCCCUUGCAUCAGUCUUCGGGUGCCAGAGUCGGCCUUGCCAGACGACAAGCCUCCGAGCGCCAACGAGUCGGUGGCUGCCCUCCAAGAGGCCAUGUUGGUCCAGAAAAACCGAAAACGAUCCAGGGGACCCGUUUUUCAGUCAAGGAGUUCGAUCGCAUGACCCAGCCGUUCCGUGCCAGCGCUCAGAGAGGUGGAGCAGGCCUCUUCUAAGCCUGUCGUUACUGCCAAUAACUUUCCCAACAGGAAUGAUCAAGGUGUCCCUUGGUGCAAGAUGUGUCGUAC